GAGAGUUUGCGUCAACAGAUGACUCGUGGCAAUGCUCUACUCCUUGUCAUUGUCUUGGGGAUUGGAGCAAACUUUCAAAGUGGCUACCACGCAACUGCACUGAGUUCUCCCACUCCAUUCAUAAAGCACUUCAUCAACAGCAGCUGGUAUGAGAGAUAUGAAGAGACCCCCCCUUCAGAGAAGGUCAGAAUGAUCUGGUCUCUUAUUGUUUCCUCGUACCCUGUCGGUGGACUCUUUGGUUCUUGGAGUUUUAAAUUCAUAGCAGGAAACCUGGGAAGAAAAAAGGGAGUGAUCUGUGGCAGCUGCAUUUCAAUCAUUGCAGCCAUCAUCAUGCUGACAAGCAAAAUCUCCAAAUCUUUUGAAAUGAUCAUCAUUGCACGGCUUCUCUUUGGCUUUGGAGCAGGUUUGGGGUGUUGCCUCCAUCUGACAUAUCUAACAGAAAUUUCACCCAAGAACAUCAGAGGCAGAGUAACUCUAACAUACUCAAACUUCUUCUCACUUGGCAAAGUGAUCGGAGGGCUUUUAGGACUGAGUGAAAUCUUUGGCACUGAGGACCUGUGGAUCGUCGCUCUCACCUUCCCAGCAUGUUUCUUAGUGGCUCAUGUUGUGGUGUUUCCAUUUUUCCCCGAAUCGCCCAGAUAUUUGUUCAUAGAGAAAGGAGAUGAGGAAGCUUGCAGAAAAGCUCUGCAAAGUUUGUGGGGUCCAGGUGACUACAGACAGGAAAUGGACGAGAUGUUGGUUGAGCAGGCAGCCAUUGAAGCAGCUCACCCAAAAACCCCCCUGCAGCUGAUGAAGGACAGGACUGUCCGAUGGCAGCUGGUCACUGCAGUCUGCAUCUUCUUGUUCAACAAUCUGUCAGGCAUGUUCGUGAUCCACAACUUCUCCUUUGUCAUCUUCAUGGGGGCAGGUAUACCAGAGGACAAGAUACGCUACAUUUCCCUUGGUCUUCUCAUGUGUGAAGUUAUCGUUUCCAUGUCAACCAGUCUUCUUAUAGACCGUUUUGGGAGGCGGCCAUUGAUUUGUGGGGGUUUUGGUGCCAUGUGUUGUGGCUGGGUGUUGGUCACAGUUCUGCUCAAUCUGAAGGGUUCGAGUUCCUGGGUUUCAUAUGUUUCUGCUGCUUUGAUCAUCCUCAUCAUUGUGUUCCACUCUGGAGGACCUGGGGCGGCUACAAGCCCUCUCAUUGGUGAACUGUUUGUCCAGUCUGAUCGGCUGGCAGCGUUUGUCAUCAUAGGAAUGCUUGGUUGUCUGGGAAUGGCAGUCUUGGGCUUUGCCUUUCCAUUUCUGAUUAUCUAUCUGGGCUCCUACAGCUUUGUGCUGUUUGCCUGUGUAUGCCUGCUGGCUUCUCUUUACACCUUCUUCAUAGUGCCGGAGACUAAAGGAAAGACGAUGCUGGAGAUCGCAGAGGAGUUUAAAGCCAUCAGUCUGUGUAGGAGAUCAGCAAACAACCCCUGA